UUGUGUGCACAGAUGCAAAACCGCGGUGCACACGCAAACCUAAAAUAUAAAACUGCAAUUGACAGGGUGUUUUAAGGACCAUGAAAGGCGAAUGAAUUCCCUUUGUUGAAAUAUUAUUUAUUUUAAAAAAAAAAAAAAAAUCAGGGGACCUUUUUGAGCAUCUUCCGUUUGAAGCGGCAAAUUGCUGAACGCAAUCCGCCAACGCUGGACGUAGAUUUAAACGUCUUAUCAGAGGAGUCAAUUAUGGAAGAGAAUCCGCGCAGAGACUCCGGAGAGGAGUCCAAUCGAGCCAUCCUUCCUCUGCUGCAGCCACCCGCACACCAGAACCUCUACCGGAUUACUAACUUUUGCAUAGACAAUAUUUUAAAACCGGACUUCGGUCGGAAGAAAAAGAACCAGCCAGGAUCUGGGCCGGUUCGGAGAGAAGAACUAUCUGAGAAAGCAGAUUCAAAAAGUGUCCGUCCGCAUCAGCAACCGGCUGAUCAGGAGCAUAGGGACGAAUCCGUCACGUCCAACGAUGAGCAGCAGGCGACAGAAGUCGGUCGGGACGGGCUCAGAGAACCUGAUAAAGUCGGGAAGGGUCGACGGGAGGACCCGCAGGCCGGUGCAGCCUCCUCAACCCAACAGAUGUUGUGGCCCGCUUGGGUCUAUUGUACCCGCUACUCUGAUCGACCUUCAUCAGGCCCCAGAUCCCGAAAACCAAAGAAAGCUCCGACCCCGAGCAAAGAGGACAAGCGUCCCCGAACCGCCUUCACCAACGAGCAACUCCAGCGACUGAAGACUGAGUUCCAGAACAGCCGAUACUUGACAGAGCAGCGGCGGCAGAGCCUGGCUCGGGACCUGGAUCUGAACGAGUCCCAGAUCAAAAUCUGGUUCCAGAAUAAACGGGCCAAAAUUAAGAAAGCUGAUGGCAGCAAAAACUCAUUGGCGCUCCAUCUCAUGGCGCAGGGGCUAUACAACCACUCAGCAUCCAAGGAAGUCAAGUCUGACAGCGACUAGUGUCGCCGAGUCAUGCAAUAAUCUCACCUCAACCAGCCAGCAAACAGAUAUACACUCCAGGAACGGGAUGUGUGAAACACGUGUGUGCGUGUGUGUGUGUGUGAUUACCAACUCAGGACAAUAAUGACGGAUUCAUACAGUGUGAAUGUGGGAAUUCAGAUGCACACCAUACAUACGCGCGCGCGCGCACACACACAGACACAAAGAAGAACGCGUAAGUCGACAAAUGCUUUGUUAGUCAGAAUAGGUCACGGAGGGCAUCAGCAACUCGCAUGUCAGAAACAGCGAAGAAGAACAGACAUUUUUUAAAAUUGCAGUUCAAAUGUGAAUAUUGGCAUUUGUCUUAAAUAGGAUUUUACAUGUUACGCUGACACGUCUCAAAAGUCUUUCUUUCAAAACCCUCGAUGUCGUAAUUGAUGAACUCGAAAAGUUGCCUUUGAUGAACCGGAAGAGGGAGCGGCAGCUUGCCAGCGAAGUGCCGCGCGCGAGGCCGACGGUCGCUCGUCUGCGCGUGGGCCUGUAACGGUCUACUGUCGUUUAAGCUAAAAUCCAAAGAUUCUUCCCAGCUGUAGUCUCAACUUUGAAUUACUUGAAUGAUAAUGGCGUUAUUCUGAAUUUACUUGGUAAUUGCUGGUUAUUAAUGUACGCUCAACCUUCGUGUUCUCUCGCUUCACUAUUGAUUUGAAUGUUACCGUUAGAUUUAGUCUCAGGUCUUUUGUGUUGUACACCAUUUAAUUCAGUUAAUUGUGUCUUCAAAAGAGUCGACCGGUCCAUUUGCGUUAUCAUGUCUGUUCUUCCUAUUUCCCGACCCUGUAGACUACCUACAAGCCGACUACACUUUUUCACGACCAUCCACGAAUGUGCAAGACCUAGUUUUCUUUUAGAAAGGACCGUUAUAGUUUUAUUUAUUACACAAUGAAUUCUUAUAGCCAUGCGGAACAGCGUUUACAUAACUUAUUUUUUUACUGCAAUAACGUUAUUUUGAAUGCAAGAAACCAUGAUUAUAUUUUAUACCAAAUGUACUGGUCUUUCUGUGUUGUUACAUUUGUCUGAACGGUGUAUACUUUUUUUUUAAAUUCAUACCCGAACAAGCUUUUGCCUUACAUUAGUAAAACCUUAAAUCACAUAGUGACUUAAA